AUGGCAUCGACCCAAACUGCUCCAGUCGCUCUACCGCGCGUCGCAAUAACGUAUUGCACGCAAUGUAAGUGGAUGUUGCGAGCAGCCUAUUUCGGCCAAGAACUUUUAUCAACAUUCGGACUGCAAAUUGGAGAGAUAGCACUGAUACCCGCGACGGGUGGUCUCUUCACAGUUGAGUUGACGUACUUGCCGCCAUCUGAGGAAGGCCAAAAGGCAGAGGCAAAGAAAGUGCUCCUUUGGGAUAGAAAGGCUAAAGGAGGUUUUCCAGAGACGAAAGUACUAAAGCAACUAGUACGAGAUCACAUAGACCCUAAUCGGGAUCUGGGGCAUUCGGACAAACAUGGCAAGAAGAAUGAAAACAAGGCAGAAGAUGAGAAGCAGAACUUGGAGGGAAAGCAAGAACAGGGUCAGACAAACGAGGGUGCAGAAGUCAAGAGAAAUCCAGAUGGAACUGUUUGCGAGGACUGUAAAUAA